AUUUGUGCGCGGACGGAGAAUCCAUCAGCCGCCGUCGGUCGCGUUACGUUUCAGCCAAACUUUGACGCUACUGGCUGUCCCUCCCUCCCCCUUCUCUCCCCUGCUCCCCCCUGCUCCCUCCCUCCCCACUAACGCAAAGUGCGUCGCGCACACAUGCGGGGAUCGCGGUAUGUUCACGCAAAUGUAUGCCUGGCGCUCCUCGUUUAAGGCCGUGACACGAAUCUCCGCAACUUUUAUCGUCGCUGCGAUCCGCGCACCGUAGGUGUGCAAUCGCCGAGCAGAAGCUGCGACGCGCUCGCGUUCGCGCGUGCGUCACACGUCCCACUGUGUCGCUGCAAUGUGCGCGUGUCGUCCAUUGAUGUUGUUUUGACAAAUGUGACGUAGACCGUGACGCGCCGUAACGAUGAGAUAAGCAGAUUCUGCGUGUGUGUGAAUAAAUAACGCUCGCGCGUCUCUGUGCGCGUGCGCGCGCUCCUAAUCUCGUCGGGUGGAUUUCUAAGCUGCGCACUUGAGAUUUUUCUAGCAAAAAGCGAGACGCGCUGCUGAGCGUGGAGUGGAGUACACGCUGUUUCCUCCGUGGACUUUGUCCGUGCAGCGAAUGGGCUCCCUCAGUCCAGCACUGCACGCACACCUGACGUACACGCAGCACCUGAGCGUGCAGCCCGUGUGUCCGGGUUCCAAACUGAAGGAAGCGGCGUGAGGGUAAAGUACACCCGGGAUGACGAGGAGUCACCGUCUUCCUAAACGUCGUCCAGUUGUUUCUCUUUGCAGUUCUGACCCUGCAGCACAGCCCGCAUGUAACAUCGUGUGAUAUAGCCGGGUGUGUGCAGGUGGUGGGCCCAAAGUUUGCGCUCAAACGCUCACUGCGUCCGUCUUUGAGCCAAAGGUGAGAUUGGCUCAGGUGUCGGCUUGGUCAGUAAGCUGCAUCCAUAUCGUCUAUGCUUGUACACAAAUGUGGCAUAAUUGUGUUAUGCCAAUAAUUGCAGAUGGUAAAUGGGCUGGUUCUUAUAUCACGCUUUUCUACUCUGAGCACAACAAGCACUUCACACAACUUGUACAUUCACCCAUUUGCACAAGCACUUUUUUUCUAUGCUGUUUCUAAGUGCUUCCUAUCUAACAGUCACGCGCUGAUGGAUGCAUCGGAGAGCAACAUGGGGCUUUCCUAAAGUCAAUCCGGUUUCUAAUCAGAGCUCCACUUUCCCAUCCGUUGCAGGACUGCUGGUUCUUGAAGUCUCUGAAGGUUACUUCAUCAUGACUUAAAGGAUCAUUACGCUGUCCGCGUCAAGAGUAAAGACCACAGCGACGCCACCAAUGGUGAACAAUCUGAUUAUGCAGAAGACUCUGAACUCUCUGUAGCUCACCUGGGAAGCUCCAUGGAUUAAAAAGGUCACUUUACCAAAGUCAGGGAGGAAGACGUGACGCCCGCUCUUUGGGAGUUCUGUGCCUGAAACAGGAUCACAUCAUCUGGACGAGCUUUUUGUAUUUUCUGUUCAUUUGGAGUAAUAUGGUUCAUGGAAGAUGGAAUAAAAUAUCAGUGGGAGUUAUUCCUAAACAAGGACUGACUGCAAAAUUCAAGAAUGGAGCAGGAUUUUACACAGUAGGAUCUCGUAUCUCAUAUCAGUUGUGGAUGGUGUAGGUUCCUUGUAGGUACUACCCUGGACACGGUGGAUUUUACACACAAUUCAUCUACAAACAUCUGAAGUGCAGCAGGCAGUAUUUGUCUGUAACUGGAAAAGUCUUCCUUUUCUCACUGUUGUAAAUGGACGUCUGAGCCUUCUAAAGCUAGAAGGGGAUAUUUUCCAUCUUCUGUUUGGUGUCUCACUGUUGGCAAAAACAGGGAAAGCCCUCCAAACAUGUCCGGUACGGGAAGGAAGCACUUGGUCAGAGACUUUAACCAUUUCAUCACCUGCUACCUGUGUCGAGGUUACCUGAUUAAACCGACCACAGUCACCGAGUGCCUGCACACAUUCUGUAAGAGCUGUAUUGUGCAGCACUUUGAGGAGAGCAAUGACUGUCCUAAAUGUGGCAUUCAGGUCCAUGAGACCAACCCACUGGAGAUGCUCAGGUUAGACAACACCCUGGAGGAGAUCAUUUUCAAGCUGGUACCCGGACUCAGAGAAAAAGAGGAACAGCAAGAGCUCGAGUUCUGGAGGAAGAACCAGCCCAAAGAAAACGGCCAAGAAAACCUGAGGUGUCCACGGUUCGGGGUCCCGGAUGCUGGAGGCGACGCUGGUGAUGGUGGAGGCAAUGAGGCGGACGGUGCCGGCGAUGACGACUAUCACAGGAGUGACCCACAGAUCGCAAUCUGCCUGGACUGCUUACGCAACACAGGACCGUCGGGGGAGAGCACGGUCACGGAUUUGAUGAAGAGGUUCAUCCGCUGCUCCAGUAGAGUCACCGUGGGAACAAUUAAGAAGUUUCUCAGUCUUAAACUAAAGCUGCCGAGUUCCUACGAGCUGGAUGUUCUGUGUAACGGAGAGAUCAUGGGCAGAGAUCACACUCUCGAGUUCAUCUACAUGACCCGAUGGAGGCUACAUGGAGAGAAUACAUAUCCCAUGGUACUCGAGUACCGGCCACGCAUCGACUUUGGCUGAACCACGAAGAAGAGGACCACACACACACACAAAGUCAUCCAUACAAAGCAAGCAAGACAUUAAGAACAUCUGCAUUUCCAAGAAUAAACUGCACAUACACACACACGCACACACACACAUACGCACGCCAACCAUAUGCAGAAAAAGAGAGAAAUUUAAAUGUAUUUUUGUACAGCCAAUGAUGAAGUGCUUACGUUGUUAUGUUAAAGAGCUUUUAUGCUACAUAGAAUAAUAUAUGCUAUAAUAUAUGAUAUUUUUAAAUGUAUGUCCCUGUGCCUAAAAGAGCUGUUCGGAUCAGAAAUGAAGUAUGACCAUAUCUCCUCUUUGCCUGUCUAACUCUAACUGUAGAAUAAAUGUUGAUUUUCUACU